AUGCCGCACAAGACCACCGACACGGACGACCUCGACACCGGACGCACUUCGAGCCCCACGGCAACGAGCACCACCACCACCACAACCUCAGCGUCCACAACAGCCACCCACCAGACAAACCCCACGGCUGCCACCACUGACGACGACGACAACCCCACCGCCUCCACCAAAUCGGCGAUCUCCACAUCUCCUCCCUCUUCUUCUCCCGCCACCCACCACCGCCGCCCCAACACCACCACCAAUACCGCCCCGCCCAAGCGCACCACCAUCCCCCUCGCUGACGGCUGGACCCUCAUCAGCACGACCAAGAGCCAGCAGCACCGCAACCGCAAGAACAACAAAAAGGGUAUGCGUGGAGGUGGAUACAGCGGGCUCAGCCCCGCCGGGCUGCGCGCCGCGCACGAGCCGGCCGGCCCCGCCAAGCUCAUGCCUGGCGCGAGCAAGGAGUGGCUGAUGGACCGGUUGGUCAAAUUCCGGGAGCGGUGGGCCGAGUGUGCGUGCAGGAGGGGAAUUGAGGAGGUUUUGGAGAGGGCUGGGGUGGUUGGAGCGGGGGCGGUUGAGAGUGUUGAGAAGGCAGCGGGUGAGGCGGGAGAGAAGGGAGGGGGAGAGGACGACAAGGGCGGUGGAGGAAAGAGGAAGAUCCGGAAUGCGGUGUGCAUUGGGCUGGGUAGUUUGAGCGUCGACAACAUCGCCGCGGGUGUGCGGAGCAUGUGGCAGCUUGUGUGCUUUUUGGACAUCGUCGGGAUGCUGUCUGAGUCGGCUGCUGCUGGGGAGGAGGUAAAAAUGUAUGCUGAAGACCCAGUUUUCAAUACGUUGGACGAGGAAAUCUUCGAAGAGCUGGGGAUCACUGUUGUGAAGGGGCUGAGAAGCACGGAUGGCAGCAGGCAGGAGGGCGCGGCGCAGUUCAUCGAGCCCGAUAGCCUCAUCUUUGCGCCGUUCAUGCCGAGCUUCAUAAUGCUGGAGGACUUCUUGGCGGGCAAGGACCCGGCCAUUUACAUUGGGAAUGAUGUCCUGGCCAUGCUCGACUUGGCAAAGAGCCAGGUACGGUAUAGCGGGGACGUCGAUGAACGCACCAGAAGGUGCAUCCAGGCUGCUGAGGAGUUCCUCGCACAGGGUAGAGAGGUGGUGGCGUUACCAGAGUUCGAUCUCCACGAGCACGCUCUCGCCGGUCAGAUGAUCUAUUGGAGAAAGCCCACCGAAGAGUCGUAG